AAUUUCAAGUAAACAUUGCGUAUAGAAAUACAACUACUACUGCAACUAAUUAAUCGUAUAAACAACUGAACCUUUGUCGUUAAACCGACUGAAGAAUACUGUAUUUACUAAUUUCUUAAAGAUAAUAUAAAAUAUGUUGCAAAAUGUAUGUAAAUAUCGUUAAACAAUUUAUAUAAGCAUAGUAUGACUGGGAGCGAAGAAUUUGCUAAUAUUAUAUAUUUUCUAAAGCGGCAGAUGAGGGGUUACCUAAAAGCUACGGGGUGGGUAUUUAAACUUCAGGCCGAAACCACAACAGUAGGAAGACAUAGGGAUUGUGAUUUAUGUUUACUGAAUGAAGGAGUUGAAGAGCAUCAUGCCCGUAUUGUGUGGAGCAAAUCGGAGCGCUGCUUUGUCCUCAGUGACCUCAACACCUCCCAUGGUACCUACGUCAACGACUGUUGCAUCCACAAUGCAGCUGUGCGUCUUACCCCCGGUGAUGAACUGAGCUUUGGCUGUGGCGGCUCCAUCUACCAGCUAGCUAUUGACAGCCCACCUAUGCUCCGCCCCCCUCCCAUACAUAACCGGACUGCCAGUCAGAACUCCCAUCAGCUGAUCGAGGAGCCCCCCCUCACCUCGUAUCCCUCCUCCCCCUUCUCUCAGCUCCCUCUCCUACCUGGCAGUCCUUCUGUCCCUAUUGCUUGGGUGUCGAGAGGCUCUUCCAUUACCCCUCGCCCCCCUGAUCGACAACGAGCGGCCACCGUGGGGGCCAAAUGGACUGGUCAAAGCAACCUCUCCAAACAGCAUGUGACCAGCUCACGGAUUUGGACUGGACCUAUAGGAAGAGGGCCCAUUCAGAGGACAGAUGCGAUGGCAUCUCAAAGUUCUCAGGCCCUGCAGCACCUGUUACAGGAGAAAGAGGAGAGGCUGCUGCGUCAGGAAGACCAGGUCCGCAGGCUGGUUGUGUUUGAGAGUGAGUCCCAGAGGAAGGACGGGGUGAUUGCAGGGCUGAGAGACGAGGUGUCAGCUUUGAGACAUCAGCUGACAAUGAGUCAGCAGACCGACCAUGACAUCAAACACAGGUUGCUCAAUAUGGAGAGGGACAUUAACGACAAGAGGGAGCAGAUCGAGUUGGUGAAGGAACAGAUGAUAGAACUGCAGAAGUGCUCCAGUGAGGUAAUUAGGCAAUCUGUCACUGAGCGAGACUUGAAGAUCUCCAACAUCAGAGGUCAGAUGGAAAGACUAAAGAGGGAGAACCGCAAUUCCACAGGUCUGAUAACAAGCUUACAGAGAGACCUAGCUUCGAGGGAGAAGCAGGCUCUGAAACUGGCAUCUGAGGUGGACAGACUCCGACAGGAAAUUCGACGCAAGGACAUUCAACUAGGAUCUACUGCUACCAAGAUCUCCACAAUGAGCAAGAAGCACCAGGAAGAGUUGCUCAACCAUGCUAAUGAGGCAAUGACCCUGAAGAAGAGCAUUGAGAAGCUGGAAGAUACUUUGAGGGAGAAGCAGAGGCUCCUGGAGCACCAAACAACAGAGAAGGACUUAUUAUAUAACAGACUGAAGAUGAAGUUUGAGGAACAAGCUUCUAUGUUGGCGGAGUAUGAGACACAGAGGCACUCACAACAAGAGAGGAGCAAAGCUGAGCUUGAGCUGGUGCAAGCACAGGUUAAGCACUUUCGUGACCAGCUGCUGCUGAUGUUAUCCCCAGAGUCCAGUGAUUCCACUUCCUGUGCGGCCUUGUCAGACCAGCAGGUGCUACAGCAGCUGGCAGAGUUUCUAGGAGAGAAAGAGAGGCUUAAGAAUAAGUUGGAGGAGUCAGAAAGAGGACUGCUUGAGGCCCUGGCUGAACACAAGAUGGCAGCAGAGGACUCAGAAAAACUGAAGAGUAGGCUGGAAACUUGUCAGGAGCUGUGCUCUGCAGAUGCCCUGAAGAAGGCCAUGACCUCAUUACAGGAAGAGAGUGUGUCUCCAGCUCUGGCCUGGGUCCAGGCUUCAGUCCUCUCCAUAAUGGCUACCCAUCUGAUGUUGCUUCAGAGUGCAACCCAGGCCCUGCUUAAAUCUGGGAUAGAUGUUUCCCAUACCACUGAAGGAGUCCUGAAUGGCAUUACAACAAUGGUCAAUGAGCAUCAGAGGAACAAAGUGGAGCUUCAACACCUGAAAGUACACCUUGAGAACCUCCAAGAGAGAGAAGCAAAUUCCACAGAGCUGCAGGUGCAUCUAAGAAUUACCAGAGAGGAGCUGGAGCAGCAUAAAAAGCAGAUGGUUGUUAAACAGCAUGAUUUGGAGAAGGAGUUGGAGGAGAAGAAGGGAGAGUUGGAGGAGAUGAAAGGAGAGUUGGAGGAGAAGAAGGGAGAGUUGGAAACAGUUAGACAAGCCCAGACUACACUGCAGCAGGAGGUUCAGACCCAGGAGGCCAGCUGGCACGCCAUGCUGGAGGAGACGGGCAGGAGGGAAGAGAAGUGGCAGAGUGAGGUGCAGAAAGCAUUGGAGAGAGGGUCAGAGGAGGAAAGGGAGCGCUACAGGGUCAGGGAGGUCGAGUACAGGGAGCAGGUGCGUCAGCACGCCCACACCAUCGUUGCACUGGAGAAGAGCUUGGUCCAGAGCACACGGACAGCUCAGGAACUGAAGCAGGAGAGGGACACGCUGAUUGGACAGCUGAGAGCGUUGGAGUUGAAGAGUAGAACGUCUGUAAGAAGUCCCAGUCCUCUGGAGGCCCGGGCUCUGCAGGCCCCACAGGCCUCGGAGGCUAAUACCACUUCAAGGGCUGACUUGGCCCAGUCUCAGCUGGAAAUGCAUAGCCAGGGUGACAUCAUCGAAGCUUUAAGUCGUGACCUGGCUUCAGCCAAUUCCAGGAUAACAGACCUGACAGGGGAGCUAAGUGAGAAACAGAAGAUGGAGUUAGAGCAGCUUAAAGCUCUGGUGGUUGAUCAGAGGGUCCAAUUAAGCAUGCUCACUCAAAAGCUAAUGCUGAUGUCUCAACUCAUAGAGCAGAAAGGGGAGGAGCUUCAGAAAGUCAGGGAUGAAUUAAGGCUUUGUCAGGUGGACCUGGAGAAGAGGCUUACGGCAGAGAGAGAGAUGAAGGACAAGAGGGCAAACCCAAGGCAGCCUGACAUAACACCACAAACCAAGAAUGGUUGGCCACACCCUGGAGAGUUUCGGGGGGAAACCCUGGACCACAGUUCCAGGCUGGACCUAUCAGAUGCUCUGGACCUCAGUGAGAGGACGUAUCUGGAUCUUGCUAGGGCACUGUGUAAGGCUCUGGAGUUGAGCGAGGGUCAGCUGGAGGGGUGCAUGCCUCUGCAACACCUAUCCCAGGAGGAGAGGGCCCGUCUGGGCUCGUUGCGUCACACGGACCUGGAUCUGCUCCUGAGCCGCGUAGCACUACAGCAAAGCCACGCCGAGCGCUUGGAGAACCUACUGCAGCAGGAGCACAGGGAAAUGACUGCUCUCCGGGAAAGCCAGGCGGCAGACCAAGAACACCAGGCCAGACUGGAUAUCCUGAAGAACAAACUGGAGGCAGAGAGCCAGGAGAGCUCCCUGCUCCACAAGGCCUUACUUCACACCCAGAACAGCAAGGCAGUAAAGAACCAUAAGGCAGUGAGUGUGAAGAGAGUUCAGAAGAAGAGUGGACAAAAGACAUCAACUGACAGUAGUAUCUGUACUGAGGCCAAUGACAAGGUGAUCCCGUCCUUUAACUGGAAACCAAAAACUGACAAAUGAAUAGUCUAUCAACUGAUUUUGUGUUUGUUUUUCACUUGCCUGUAUUGCCACAUUCCAGACAUGUGAAAGCACUGCAUUUUGAAUGUGUUGAGGACCCCCAGAGCCAGUGUGGAGAGGCCCUGAGUUUAAUGAUUUGGAUACUGUUCCAUCCAACAUGUCUCUGUCACACUAGCAAGCAAGAGAGCAAGCAAGUUUAUUUAUAUAUCACAAUUCAUACAUCGAAGCAAUUCACUGUGCUUUACAAAGACAAAUAUAUGAAAGUACAAUAACAUGAAAACAGAUACUCAAAUGCAAACAUC